UUAAAAAUUCUGAAUUCUAAUAAUAAGAAUUUAGAUUUUAAUUUAUUAAUUUAAUCUAACAAUUGUUAUGAUUAACUACUCGAAUUAAUCAUAGCAUUGAUCCAUAUCCUACAAAUAGAUAUGUUUCAAGUCCAUUCUUUAUUACGUCGUAAAGCGAUACAGUUGGUUAAAGGAAAAUUAAUGAAAUCCCAAACACAAAAUGUUUGCAUUAGUAAUUUUUAUCAUAUUUUUUCUAUUCGUAUUGGCUGUGAUUUUAAAAUACAAAUUUACGACCAAAAAAAGAAAUUUAUCUGGUUGUCAUGUUAUGAUUACUGGUGGAUCUAGUGGAAUUGGUAAAUGUAUUGCCAUGGAAGCUGCCAAGAUUGGAGCAAAUGUUACAAUUGUUGCAAGAAAUGAAAAUAGACUUUUAUCAUCAUUGGAAGAGAUUAAAUCACAAUGUCUAUACCAUAAUCAAAAAUUCAACUAUUUAUCUGUUGAUUUAUCGGGUAAUUAUGACAUGGUAAAACAAGCGUUCAACAAUGCAAUUAAGGAAAUGGGACCAUUAUACUUGUUUGUAAACUGCGCAGGUAUGGCAAUAUGUGGUAGACUCGAAGACAACUCAUCCAGUGAUAUAAUGCAAAUGAUCAAUACAAAUUUGAUAUCUACAAUCCAUGCUACCAAAGCAGUAAUAAAUGAGAUGAAACUAAAUGGUUAUGGAAGUAUUGUUAUAACUUCAUCGUUAGCAUCUUUUUGUGGUAUAUAUGGAUUAAGUGUAUAUAGUGCAACAAAAUUUGCAUUAAGAGGAUUUGCAGAAGCUUUAAGUAUGGAAAUAAAGAACAAUGGAAUAAAUGUGACAUUAGCAUUACCCCCAGACACAGAUACUCCAGGAUUUGCAAAUGAAAAUAAAACCAAACCUUUAGAAACAUCAAUGAUUUCCCAAACAGCAAAAUUGUAUAGACCAGAAGAAGUUGGAAAAAAAAUACUUCAAGAUGCAUUGGAUGGAUAUUUCUUUAGCACUAUAGGUUUUGAAGGAUAUAUGAUGACUAUUAGUUGUGCUGGAAUGGCUCCAUUAGUUUCUUAUUCAGAGUUAAUUUGUCAAAUUUUUGGUGCUGGGAUAUUAAGAUUAAUAAUGGUGAUUUAUCAAUUAUCAUUUAAUAAAAUAAUUAAAAAAUGUAAAUCAGAUAGAGAAUGUAAUGGUGCAUAAAUACUAAUUCAUAAAAAAAAAAUAUAUACAUAGUUAAUUAUAUAAAUUAUA